GUCUUCAAACCCCGCCCGCAUGAACUCUCUGCAACAUUCUUCAACAGAACUUUCUUUCAUUUCGGCUCUUCCUUUUUCUCUCAAACGAUAAUGGAAGAUUACACAGCAUUCAAAUGGUUUUUGAUAUGCAUGGUGUUCUUCAGUGGAGUUCAGUUCAUACAAUGCAGUGUUACUUACGAUAGGAAAGCUCUUAUCAUCAAUGGCCAAAGGAGAAUUCUCUUCUCCGGCUCCAUUCAUUAUCCUAGAAGUACUCCUCAGAUGUGGAAAGGUCUAAUCCAGAAGGCGAAGGAUGGAGGUUUAGAUGUUAUUGACACUUAUGUGUUCUGGAAUCUUCACGAACCUUAUCCUGGAAAUUACAAUUUUCAGGGACAAUACGAUUUGGUUCACUUCAUAAAGCUGAUCCAUGAAGCAGGUCUCUAUGUGCAUCUUCGAAUUGGUCCUUAUGUCUGUGCAGAGUGGAAUUUCGGAGGAUUCCCAGUUUGGUUGAAGUAUAUCCCUGGCAUCAGCUUUAGAACGGAUAAUGAACCAUUCAAGGCACAAAUGCAACGAUUCACAGAAAAGAUUGUCCAGAUGAUGAAAAACGAGAUGUUAUUCGAGUCUCAGGGCGGUCCUAUUAUUAUAUCCCAGAUUGAGAAUGAGUAUGGGGCAGAAAGUAAAGCAUUUGGCCAGGCUGGUCAAGCAUAUAUGACUUGGGCAGCAAAACUAGCCCUUGGAAUGGGUACUGGUGUUCCAUGGGUCAUGUGCAAGGAAGAUGAUGCUCCAGAUCCAGUGAUAAAUACCUGCAAUAACUUCUACUGUGAUUAUUUCUCCCCCAAUAAACCUAACAAGCCCACAAUGUGGACUGAGGCUUGGAGUGGAUGGUACACAGAAUUUGGAGGACCGAUUCAUCGUCGACCCGUUGAGGAUUUAGCGUUUGCAGUUGCUCGCUUCAUCCAAAAGGGGGGCUCAUUUGUGAAUUACUAUAUGUAUCAUGGGGGGACCAACUUUGGAAGGACCUCUGGUGGUCCUUUCACCACAACCAGCUAUGACUAUGAUGCUCCCAUUGAUGAGUAUGGUUUGAUUAGGCAACCUAAAUAUGGUCAUCUGAAUGAGCUCCAUAAAGCUAUUAAAUUAUGUGAGCCGGCUUUAAUUUCUGCUGAUCCUACUAUUACCACAUGGGGAAAAUAUGCAAAGGCUUAUGUAUUCGCUUCUAAGUCAGGACAUUGUGCAGCAUUCCUUUCAAACUAUAACUUGGAUUCAUAUGCAACAGUGACAUUUAAUGAGAUGCACUAUCAUCUCCCACCUUGGUCCAUCAGCAUAUUACCAGAUUGCAAGAAUGUUAUCUUUAACACUGCAAAGGUUGGAAUUGAAGCUACUAGGGUGAACAUGUCACCGUCCAAUGUCAAAUUAGUUUCCUGGGAAACAUUCAAUGAAAACAUGCCCUCAUCUGAUGGUGAGACAAAGAUUACUGUUGGUGGCCUCUUAGACCAGCUAAAUGUUACUAGAGAUUACAGUGACUAUCUUUGGUAUAUGACCAGCGUUGACAUAAGCCCAUCGGAAUCCUUUCUUCAUGGAGGGAAGUAUUUGACCCUAACUGUGAAAUCAGCUGGCCAUGGCUUGCACGUGUUCAUAAAUGGACAUUUAUCAGGAUCCAUCUUUGGUAAUGCGAAGAACACAAGAUUUACUUUCCAGGGGCAGGUCAACAUGCAUGCUGGAAAGAACAGCAUUUCUCUACUUAGCAUAGCAGUUGGAUUGCCGUAUAAUGGACCUCAUUUUGAGAAAUGGAAUACGGGAAUUCUUGGACCAGUAGUGCUAAAUGGUCUAGACCAGGGAAAGAAAGAUUUGUCCUCACAGAGAUGGUCAUAUCAGAUUGGGCUGAAAGGGGAAUCAAUGAACAUCAUGUCCCAAACUGAGAAUUCACAAGUUUACUGGAGAGAGGCCACUGAACAGAAACAACAACCUUUGACAUGGUACAAGGCUGGUUUCAACACACCUAUAGGAGGUGAACCAUUGGCUCUUGACAUGAGCAGCAUGGGGAAAGGUCAAAUAUGGAUAAAUGGGCAGAAUAUUGGACGUUAUUAUACUAUCUUUGCAAAAGGUAAUUGCACCAGUUGCAGCUAUUCUGGCACAUAUCGCCCCCACAAAUGUGAAUUUGGCUGUGACCAGCCAACCCAACAAUGGUACCACGUUCCUCGGUCUUGGCUGAAUCCAACACAAAAUCAGUUGGUAGUUUUCGAAGAAACCGGAGGAGAUCCUUUCAAGAUUUCUCUACUGAAAAGGUCAAUAGUGAGUGGAAGAACUGAUUGAUUUUGAUGAAUGGUUCAAACCAAUUCUUAAUAGAGUUCUCAAUGUACAAAUAAUGUCCCUCUUUGAUUGUCAAUAGCUAGUUUCUUCUGCACUAUUUUCAUCCAAAUGUAAACAGGGUUUUCUCCCUCUUACAUAUUUUAUUCAAGAUUCAAAACUAGAUAAAUAAAUAACUGUAGCACUUUAGAUGAAAUUAAAUGUAAUAUGGUAAGAGUCAGAAAGACUGCAUUUUUC